AAUAAAGAAUUAAAUAUAGUUUGAAAUCUGAGAGGUUAAAACAAUGUAGUUUUCCCAAAGAGGUUAAUACAAUGUAGUUGUUGAAGUCAAAGUAUGGCUUUCUUCAUUGAUUUUUAUGGUGAUUGUUUUGAAAAUAUCCAGAGAUUUUGAAACAAUGCUUCAGAUCUCAUUGUCUAAUCUGCAGUUUUCACCUAAUGAACAAGAAAAAAUUUUUUGGAGUUUCUUGAAGUUUUUGAACCAAUUGGAAACUGAAGAGUGUAAUGAAAAUGAUGAUAUGAAUGAGGCAUUGAAUGGAUCUCUGUCUACUGAUGACAGUUAUGGAAUUUUUUGGGAUGAAUACAGAGUUAUAGAACAAAGCACAAACCAUUCAAGUUUUCAGAAGAACUUUGAUGUAGAAGAUGGAGCCCUUAAGAAGGAGGAAAAUAAUGAGACAAAAAUACAGUGGUUAAGUGAUGUUGGUUUUACGAAUAUUGCAAAAAAGUUUAGAGAGAAAACUGAAAUUGAUCAUAAUGAUGUUGAUAUGAGAAUUAUUACAGCUUCUUUAACUCGAGCUCAAGCAAAUGCAGUUCGUCAGCGCAUUGAUGCUCUUAAUGAAGCUAUUCGCCAAAGUAAAUUGCGUGAUGAAAAUCCAAGGCGCAAUCACUUAAAAUCAAAACAUAAAGAUGUUCGUGAUCUCUUUCAAAUUGAUUCUAGUAUAACCAAAGAUUCACAACUUAGUUCACAAAAUUCUGCAGAAGAAUCAAAAAGCAAAAUUAUUAAAAUUCCUAUUUCUUCUGUUUCUUCUCAAAAGCCCGACUUGUCUCAAAUCUCUGCUAAACAUGAAUUCGAGAAAAGUAAAAAUGUCCAAGAAGGUGUGAGGAAGGUGUGUGAAGACCAAGAUUUUAUAAAAAAUGAUUACAAAAUAAACAAACAAACAAAAAAAGAAGAUAAUCUUGUCCUAUGUACAGCAAUAAAUAACUUUACCUUUAAAACUGGACAACAGCGUAACGAAACUUUUAAAACUGGACAACAGCGUAAUGAAGAUCCAAAGCAAAAUGUGUCCAGGCCCAGGAGUUUGAUUAUGGAAAGCGACAAAAAAUAUAAUUUGCAUCGUAAAUCUUCAGAAAUUUAUAAUACCUCUGCGGCAAUUAAAGAAAGAAAUACAGAAGACUGUAUUAAAAAAAUACAAGAUAUUUUUGAAAAUAAGUUUGUUCAUGAACAAAACUCUUUACCAAACUCUUUAACAAAAUAUAAUAGCUCAGCAAAGUCUGGAACCACUUUACUACUUGAACAAAAUAAUUCUGAACAAACUAAUAAUUUUUAUUCUAAUAUACAAAUGCAAAGCAUUGAAUCUCUAAAUAAUAAUAGAUUAUUGACAUCAGAUAGUUCAUCUGAUUUAAAUUUAACACAAAAUGUUUUACUUAGUAAUUCACAUGGAACAGAUGACAAAAGACUGGUUCGCGUUGAUAGUAAUUACAUUAAAGUUUCAUAUGUUGAAGAUAGCUACAUUACAACAAAUAAGUGUAUGGAGCUAUCUCCAAAAGUACAAUUAGAAAAUAAAUUCAAUAAUUUCAGAACUAAGCAUGAUAGCUCUAAUGAUAAGCAGUAUAGUCCAAUACUAUGUAUGAAAAACUCUCUUGAUAUAUUAAAUCAUAGUGGUAGUGAAGAUAGCAAAAGUUUAUCAAGUAGAGGUAGCAUGGAAUCUUUUGAUGAACUAUCCAUUAGCAAAAAUGAAAGUAUAUAUGACACUGUUUCUAUAUCAAGUGGUUUAACUGAUGAUAAGGAUACAAAUGAAUCAUUUGAGUUUGUAGAAUCACCAUUAGUUUUGGAUGGAGAUGCCAAGCUGGCAGUUGGAUCAGUCGUAAACAAAGAUGAUAAAAGUUUGCCAGAGAAAUUAUUGGGACCUACUUUUCCACCUCUACCAAAUUUCACAUUAACUCGUGAUGAACUUGGAAUCACUCGCAUUGGUGAUCUUUCUGAGUUAGACAUGAUAAAAAUUCGAUCAUUGGCUCUUAUGGAGUUGACUGCUUUAUUUGAUGAAUACUCAAUAUCAAUGAACCGUCGAAAGUCUCUUCCUAAACAAAGAUAUAAAGAAACUGGUGUGUUUGGAGUCCCUUUAACAUUAUUAGUCGAACAAAAUGAUAAAAAAGCACAAGCUCCACAAGUUCUUCAAGAUAUGAUCUCUUACAUUGAGAAAAAUGGAUUAAAUGAGGAAGGAAUUCUCCGGGUGACUGGAUCGCUUCCACGGAUAAAACAAAUAAAAGAAGACCUUGAAAAAGAUUUCCAAUCAUUUAGUUGGGAUGGAGUGAAGAUUUGUGACGUAUGUACAUGUUUGAAACAGUUUCUUCGUGAACUACCUAUUCCAUUACUCAGUUAUGAAUAUCAAAACACAUUUGCUGCUGUCGCAAAUCUUCCAAAUCGCAAAGAUCAGCUUCAAGCCUUAAACCUCCUUGUACUUUUGCUGCACCCAGUUCAUCAAGAAACUUUAAAAUUGAUUUUAUUGUUUCUUCAAAAAGUUGUUUCUCACGAAGCCACCAGCAAGAUGGGAUUAAACAAUGUUGCUAUGAUCAUGGCACCAAACUUGUUUUUUCAAAACAAUUCUAAAAUAAACACAGACGAAGCUCAAAAAGCUGUUGGAAUGACAGAUGUUCUUAGAAUGUUAAUCAAAUAUCAAAACAUAUUGUGGACUAUACCAUCUUUUAUGGUCACCCAAAUAAGAUAUCUGUAUGAAGCUGGUGCCAACACCAAAGAUCAAAAAUCGGUUAAAAAGAUAAUUGCAAGAAGAAUUAAAAAUAAUCUUUUUGGUCGUCGUGGAAAAUCCUCUGAGAGCAGUGGUGACGAACUCGAUGAUUUAAUUAUUCGUGUUCGAGCGCCGAGCUUCAAUAAACAAAGUAUGGCAAUUCAGUUGACUGAUAAAACAACUGCUGCUGACGUCAUUGCGAAAUUUCAAUGGCGUCGUCAAAAUAGUAUUAAAGAUGAAAUUGAUAAAUCAAAAUGUAAAAAGGUUGAUGAUGCAGAUGUUGAAUAUUGUUUAUGUGAAACUGGUGGAAACAUAGGUGAACGCAUCCUUGAUCCGUCAUCAAAUAUAUCAGCAAUUUUAAAAGUUAAUCCAAACGUAGAGUGGUUGCUCAAAGUUUAUCCGUCAGGUUAAGCUAUAACUUAGUUGCUGUGUAAUAAGGAUUAUUUUCCUUGUCUGUGUGUCGUUCUGAAAACAACACAGAUUUAGUUCAACGCUAACCAAAAUCCGGUCUCAUUGCACGGAAUCUUUGCGUUUUUUAAAACACCUCAUAACAUAACAGCAUGCUUUUGAAAUUUAAAGUUAUAUUUUUUUAAAAACUUCAGUCGUUAAAAUAUUUAAUAUUUUAUUGACAUAAUUGUAUAAUAGAUUGUUUUUCUACGCAAAAAUUUUCAUAUUAAAGUAAAUAUGCAUACGAUUAGUGUGCAAUUAUGUACAAAAUUUUUAUGUGAGUAUAAACUGUCAAACAUCAAAUAAAAUAUAUUGUAAAGAGAAAUAUAUAUACAAAAUCAUAUU